UGUACGCAACUGAACAUAAUUUACUUUCAGUGAGGUGCAAAUACAAGUGUUUAGGCUACAGAACAACUUUGCCAGAAACGUUACUGAAAAAUACCAGUUCACGAGAGCAGCCUAGUGGCCGCCUUAACAAUCUAGUUGUUUUUGACGAUACACCUCUUAACCCCAAGUUGUAAUAGGAUCAAGGUCUACUUGUCGAAAAAGAGUAGCGCGUGGUGCCGAAGUCCAUUGUUCGGAGAAGCAUUCAUCACCGGAAAUUCCGCCCCUUUGGGUACGUCAGUUGAACAACACACGAGAUCCUCGAAUAAAAAGUGACAGAAACGUUGAUUGGCGACUAUUUUGUCCAAUCCGUAAACGGGAUAAUGCAGCUAUGGCGAUUGUGCACUGGUUGCUGAUUUGCAACCCGCCGAAAUAGCAGUGAAGAAGAAGGAGACCAUCGCCCGUUUCGCCAUGGACUGUUCUAGGAUCAGUGUAGUAGAAAAACAACAUUAACCGUAGAGCGGUGCAUCAUACCCGAGGGGAAAAGAACCACAUAAUAUCUGAUAGGAAUGUAAUGGGACCCUUGAGUGAAACACUAUCUAAAAAUCAGCACACCAAAUGUCAACUCUCCCAUAGUGGGGUGCUAGUUCAGUCAGUUCAAGAAAACCGCCGACCACAGUUUAAGUAAUGGAGCACAAUCCCGGCAUCCAUAUGUCCUCCAUCCCCACCACAAACAGCAUAGUCCAGGUGUCAGUGGCUGACGGCAUGCCCGUUGGCAUAUACCAGCCUCAGAACCAAGGCCAGAGUGCAGGGCACAGCGCGUUGGCACCAGCGGUGGUCAUGCAAGCCUUGGCACAGGUGGCACAGGACGGGCACCCACAGGUGGUAGUGGCCCCUCCCAUGGAGGGUGUGGUGGAUGUUCAGAACGAGCCCGGCAGGGUGGCCAUCCCGGUGCACGAGCUGCCCUUUGCGGAGGUGGCCUCGCUGUUGGACCCCAACAUGAAGAGCUCCAAGGCGCGCAAGUACCAGAUCUACUACGACGAGGUGAAGCGACGGCUGGAGCCGCCCGAGAAGAUGUCGCUGCGCUCCUUGGCGGCCUACACCCGGGUCAGCCGAGGGCCGGCCAGCAAGCGGACGCUGCUGGAAUCGCUCAACGUGCUGGGGCUGUCGCCGAGCACCAACACAGCCGUGUCUAGCUCCUUCUCCAAACUCACUGAAGGAGACACCGCAGCACUGUGUAAAGACAUGAAAGAUUUUGCGUUCCAGUACGUGGACUAUGAGAACAUGGCCAAACAACUGAUGCCGGAAUCCAACCAUGUACAGCACUGGUCAAAGAUCAUCGAGACAAGGAAUUACCUGGAGGAGAUGAGGAAGUGUUUCCACGAUCCGGCCAACAGCAAGUCCUUCGCCAACGCCACGCACGGCCUGGGCACGGGAAUGCUGGACGUAGCUCUGGACAUGGUGGACAGCGUCAUCGAGCGGCAGAUCCGCAUCCUUUCAGGCAACGCGGAGCCCAAGUCCGAGACGACAGUUCAGAAGGCACGCAAGCGUAUGAGGAAGCCACGCGUGCCCAAGGACAACAGCAAACACCCCCGCGAGGGCAAAUCUCGAGGUAGGGGCGGCAAAAGCAAGGCCGGCCCCAGUGCCAACGCGGCCACAGCCAUGGCCGACGCCGACGCCCAGAACAGGAAACAGAUCCAAUUGGACCCUGCCACUGCCACGGAGAGCCAGGAGCCCGCCUCCAUGGAGAGUAGCGUCCUCACUCUGGUCUCCGUGGGUUACGAAACCAUCUCCAGCGGCCUAGGUGCCACAACAAGCCUCGCGUAGCGUAGCCACCAAGAUGCCAACUCACAAGGACACUAAGCCUAGUGCCCAAACCCAGACCUUAGGUGUUGCUGUUGUUGUGGGUAGAUUUAAGGUUAGUUUGACAUUGCUGUAGGCAGGAAUAAAAAUUAGCACCAGCCAAAUGCCGAAAUAUCAAACUGGCUAUAAAGAUUUCGAUAAAGAUUGAGUGGCUGGUGAAUUGUAUCAUUUAUUUGUCAGUGGCUGGUAGAUGUUCACGUUUUAAAAAGUAAAUUUCCACCCAUGGCUGUAGGUGUCUUGAGGGCUAAGGACUUUUUUCUUGACAUGAUCAAUUACACAAUCAGAAAGAACUACUUCCUCACAACAAAAUGUUUGUUGUGUGAAGCACUGUGAUGGUUUGGAAUGCACUGCUUACAACUUGUCUGAAGCACUGUUUUAUUUUCUGUUUUGUUUUGGAUUUGGAAAAAAACCCUCUGAAUUAAUUUUAGAACUCUUGGUGUCCAUCAUGGGAUUUUCAUUUUGUGUUCUAGGAUUCAAACAUGAUUUUAUGUUGAAAAUGAGUUGUGUUGACCUAUAUCAAGGGGGGUGUGACUGACUGACUGUAAUGUACAUAUGUGUUAAAAGACAACAGGACAACUUGAAGACUUGUAUUAAAUGCUUUAAUGUUUUUAUAUAUA